CAUGGAUACAGAUUCUGCCGCUAUUAUUUCCCUCGAAUCGGACGAGGAGAUGGAUACUGCUGCAGCGCAGGAAGCAUCAACUUCUUCCGUAACCGAAAAAGAGCCCGAACAAGAAGUACCGAACAAGAUUGAGAAUGAUUCUACGACUACCAAAAGUCCACACAAUGUGAAGAAUGAUGUAGUGGACGAUACGGUGGCAGAUAUUAUAUUGAUAGACGACGAGGAAAAGGAAAUUUCCCAGACUGGCGAACAAAAAUCUUCCGAAAACGUAUUGUCAGCUACAGAACUGCCGCCUGAGACUAGCGUUUCGGAGCCUCAAACAGCCAUGAAGGAAAAUGAGGACGUCGAAAUGGAAGAAAUUGCAAAAGAAGACGGUGAGCGAGUUGCAGAUUGUACUCAAACGGUGCCAGCCGCGCCGCGAACCCCCGAGGAAAUGGAAGAAACUGAACCAACAGAGAGUAAAACCGAUGAAAAACUCCCCACACGACGUGUACAGAAGUGUAGCAACCUCGGAUGCCCUAAAAAAGUCUCAGAACUGAUAGAAGCACCUUUAUUUGCCCAAAGUCUGUACAGCAUGCCCGCAAAAAAGCAGACACAGCUAAUAUGUCUUGAUUGCUUUCAAUAUUCUGUGAAUCACUAUGAGUCUCUUUGCACAUCGCUUAUGAAUGAAGAAUCUCUGUAUGACCGAGAAAUGCUGCAAGACAAUUCGGAAGAGAUACAUAUGGUGCUGGAUAGCAGUGACGAAGAGAGCGAUGAACCAAAUGAAUCUGAAUCGAAAGCCCUGGAAGCAGUGAUGUCGAAAGAUGCAAUCUCCUUGGUGGAAAAGUGUAUGAACGAUGUAAUCGAGGCACUGUGGAAAGAGAAAGGUGAAAAGCAAAUAACAAUUUUCCAGAUGGACAUGGUUCGCGAGAUGCAGCGUAAUGAAGCCGCAUCGGAACACGUUGAAUCGCAAUUGAGAUAUUUGAAGGGAACGCUGCAAGGUGUACACGAAAAUAUCUACAGCGUCCGGACAACCAAAAUCGAUAGGCCGGAGCUUAUCAUAGAGGACGAUAUGACGAGUGGAUGUAUCGCUUACGAUCGUAUACUGAGCAUGCUGAACCUCAACGAAACACUUGUCCGCCAACCGGUUAAAGUGAACGAAACGUACUACGGCGUACAGUCGACGGUUUUGGGCAGUUGGGUUAAGUGUAAGGUAACGGAGAUCACCGACAAUCAGCUGUACACGGUGCGGUUCCUUACCGGCAACAACAAACAGAACGUUCUGUCGGCGAAACAUCUCGCCUACACGUGGAUACCGAAGGUGAAGCUAAAGCUAGGCACACGUGUAAUUGCUAAAGUGAGCUCCAACACGGGUGAAGCGACGUGUCGUGCGUUCUACGCCGGUAUCGUGUUAGAAUCGAUCAGCAAGUACAAUCGCCACCGAUAUCUCAUCAUCUUCGACUCGGGCCACACACUGUACGCACCGCUAACGGACGUAAGGGUCGUCUGUGAAGAGUCCACGCACGUGUGGGACGAUGUGCACCCGAACUCGAAAGAAUUCAUCCGUACCUACAUGCAAACGUGCGGUUCGAUGCGACAGAUGGUACAGGCCCACCGAGGUCAACGUUUGAUGGUGGAAAUUAAACAAAAAUGGUACCAGGGCAAGGUGAUGGAAACGGACAGCAGUCUGUUCAAGCUGUACUUCCAGGAGCUGGACCGAUACGAAUGGAUCUAUCGAGGUUCGAAACGACUCGCUCCACUGUACUCGCGGGAAACGCCAACGAAUAAGUUCUCCAAAUUCCAGCGGCGAAAUGAACCUUCCAUUGAGUAUAUAACAAUUGAUGAUGAUGAGGAAGAAUUGUCGGCGAAGGAGAAUAAAAUAGCCGAAUCUCCGGCAGAGUCCUACACGAAACAGGACGUCCAAGAUACGCUCAAUCGUGCCACUGCUAAGAAGAGCACGGUGCAUCGUCUUGGUACCAACAGUAACAAGAGCACCAACAGUAAUGGUACCUCCACCGUCAGCAACAAUAACGUCACGAGAGCAAUUUCCCUAAACCAGAGCACCAUCUAUAUCGAUUUCGACAAAAACCAUUCCACCGGGAAGACGGUCAACUACACGACGAAAAACUAUCGUUCGCCACAGAAGUUUGUGCUGCACGAUUGUAAUCCGCACUGUAUGUACAAGAUCCCGAUGCCCUUGCACACAUACAAUCUGCUGGCCCGUCCACUAGUCACCGGCUGGGAGCGUGAGUUUUACCAUUACCGGGGACCGAAGAAGACUACCGUCGUCAUGUACCGGGCACCGUGCGGUCGCCGCAUUCGCAACAUGGCCGAGCUGCAUCGGUAUCUAAGGCUAACGAGGUGCUCUCUGAACGUGGAGUGCUUUGAUUUCGAGCCGGAUAUACGGGCGCUCGCCACUUUCUUGGCCGAGAAUGUGCAGUUCGAGUGUGAAGAUCUUUCGUUCGGUGCGGAACCGACGCCGGUGCAUUGUGUGAACAAUUACGACGACACACAACCGCCACCUUGUGAAUACUCGACCGAGCGUAUCCCGACAGAGGGUGUGAACCUGAAUCUGGAUAAAGAAUUCCUUUGCGGAUGUGACUGUGAGGAUGAUUGUGCGGACAAGAGUAAGUGUCAGUGUUGGCAGCUAACGUUAACGGGAGCACGGUUCACCAACCCGUACGUGGAUCCGAACACCGUUGGGUACGUGUACAAGCGUCUGCUUGAUCCGGUACUUACCGGGAUCUACGAAUGUAACGUCCAGUGCAAAUGUCGGAAGGAUCAAUGUCUUAACCGUGUGGUGCAGAAUUCACUCCAAACAAAACUGCAAGUAUUCAACACACACAACAAAGGUUGGGGGAUCCGGUGUCUGAACGAUGUGCCCAAGGGUAGCUUUAUCUGCAUCUACGCUGGCCAUCUACUAACGGAGGAUACGAGCAACAGAAUCUGUGAAAUGAGCGAGAACAAGACGGGUGAUGAAUAUUUUGCCGAUCUGGAUUAUAUCGAAAAUGCGGAAAAUCAUAAAGCGGAUUAUGAAGCAGAAGCUUACCGUUCGGAUAACGAAGAUUCGAUGCAAACGGACAAUCCGGACGAUUCGGAGGAGUCGGAGGAGGAAGCAAGGGGUGAACGAUUUACAUCGACACAGGAUUCGGAUGAGGAGUACACAUCGAAAACGAAACCUAGCACGAUGGUGGUAAAGACGCGGGCACAGUCGCGGAAAGCUAGCACUACGGAACGUCCCACCGCAUCAUCGGUUAUUGGAAAAGGGUCCAACAAUGGUGUGAACGAUGAACAAGAGUGUGUUAAUCUGAUACCAAAUCUCGAGAUGAAUUCCAAAGGAGCAUUGUUAAAUACUGAUCAGGAAUCGACCCUGCGGAAAUUUUUCGGAGAAAACGAACAUAUCUACGUGAUGGAUGCGAAGAAAUCGGGCAAUCUGGGCCGAUAUUUUAACCAUUCCUGUGUUCCCAAUCUGUUCGUCCAGAGCGUGUUUGUCGAUACGCACGAUGUACGGUUUCCUUGGGUCGCGUUCUUUGCCUACUGUAACAUUAAAGCGGGCACGGAACUAACGUGGAACUAUAACUACGAUGUGGGUUCUGUCAAUGGAAAGGUAUUAACCUGUGUCUGUGGUGAACGGGGUUGCAAGGGUCGAUUACUGUAGAGUGAGAGCGUCU